GCCCCUCGCGGCCCUCGCUCGCCCGCGACCCCGCGCCCAGCCAUGGUGGGCCGGCUGAGCCUGCAGGAUGUGCCCGAGCUCGUGGACGCCAAGAAGAAGGGCGACGGCGUCCUGGACAGCCCGGACUCGGGGCUGCCCCCCAGCCCCAGCCCCAGCCACUGGGGGCUCGCGGCGUCUGCGGGCGGCGGCGCUGGCGGCGGCGGCGGCGGGGAGCGCGCGCCGGCUCCGGGGGCGCUGGAGCCCGACGCGGCGGCGACCCCCGCGGCCCCGACUCCAGCAUCUGUCCCCAGCGCCCUGGUCGCCGGCUGCCCGCCAAGACUGUGCCCACUGUCCUUCGGCGAAGGAGUGGAGUUUGACCCCUUACCCCCGAAGGAAGUGAGGUACACGUCCUCCGUCAAGUACGACUCGGAGCGGCACUUCAUCGACAACGUGCAGCUGCCCCUGGGGCUGGCGGUGGCCUCCUGCAGCCAGACGGUCACCUGCGUCCCCAACUGCACGUGGCGCAGCUACAAGGCCGAAGUGCGCUUCGAGCCCCGCCACAAGCCGGCCCGCUUCCUCAGCACCACCAUCGUCUACCCCAAGUACCCCAAGACCGUCUACACCACCACCCUGGAUUACAACUGCCGCAAGAAGCUGAGGCGGUUUCUGUCCAGCGUGGAGCUCGAGGCCACGGAGUUCCUGGGCAGCGACUGCUUCUCGGAUGAAUGCUGACUCGCGGGCCGCGGACCGUGCGGUGCCUGCACGCGCACCUGCGGGAGAAGGGAAGAAGGGAAGAAACCGCUGCAGGCGCUGUGGCGCGGUUUCCCGAUGGCUUCUCAAAGAAGAGCCUUUCCUGGGUCGCUGAGGUCAUUCCCCCAGAUCUCAUUUUCAUAAGAAAAAUAACGGCGACUGAGGGAAAGGAAAAUGCCAGCAUUUGCGGCGGGAGGGGGAGGGGAGCGCCCCUCCCCCGGGCUGAAGAGGGGGCUGGGAACAGCGGUCGCGGAGGUCUCUGCCCCUAAGCGGUGCCAGCCCGGUGCCCACGCAGCCUGUGGAGCGGGCGGCUCGUUCCAUGCCAUUUUUAAAAUUUCACUUCCAUUUGUAUUUCCUGCUAACCAAAACUUUGGGAAUUCUCUAAUUCUUUUUCAUGAUAUGAAAAAACCAAGACAAAACCCAAAUGAUAUAAGAUGCCUUAACAAGAAAAACUGCAAAAAAAAAAAAAAAAAAAGAAAGAAAGAAAAAUAAAACAAACGCUCACCCUGCUUGGGGCCAUCUGGGGAAAGUCAGGCCCCCGGGUGGCCGAGCGGGGAGCAGCGGCUUCUGGUCUGGUUCUUUCCACCAGGUUGGUUCUGCGCGCAGCCCGCAUCCCGGCUGAGCUGAGCCGCGGGCUCCUGCCACGCUCCUGGUAAGGGCUGGGCAGUUCCCAGACACCCCACUCCCCCCCCCCCCUUUUUUUUCCAUGAGGCAAAAUACAGCAGAGGUCUCAUCAUAGAGAAGAGUAUUUUUAAAGAAUGCUCGGGAAAAACACUUUGCUUGGACUCCACAGAAGGGAACUGGGGCCGCGGCCAAGCCUGGCUGCCCCCCCGGGGGGGGGCUGUCAGUGCAUCCGUCGCAUGUCCACCUCAGUGAGUGGCAGUGCCGGGGUCGGCUUGCUCUUCGGACUUCAGCGGUGUCACAGUUGCGGAGGAAUUCCGCCAGUCCCAAUGCAAAGGAGUCGGCCCCUGCGCCCGGUAAAACUGAGGUGAACUCAGGGCAGGUGUCGGAGCCGGCGUUCAGCUCCCACACCUGCCCGCUUCUCCCGGGCCCUGGAUAGCGGAAGUGAUGGCGGUAGAGUCGGGUGUGCCCAGGACGCCCCGGAGAAGCUGUGAAGUCAGCUCCGCCCGCUGUAGAGGCAGGGGUGCCCGGGCGGGGAGGUGUGGGGAGGGGGGCAGCGCCCCAUCUCUCCUGUCCCCUGCCCCGGCUUCUUCCAACGUCCUGGAGAUCCCUGCGUGUUUGAGUAGAGCAGGUAGCAGGUGGCUUUUCCUCGCCACUGUCGGAAAGAACGGCUGUACAUGCUUCCUGGGAAUACGUCUCCGUGAUGUCGCAGACUACGCGGGGAGGGGGCUUGGGGAGCUGUGUGUCCCGCGGGCUCCCGGUUCCGAGGCUGGCCUGUGUCUGCCCUGCCUCUGCCCUACAGUAGGCUGACUGCUCUCCCGGGUGGCCUGGAGCCACAGUGGCGCUUGGGUAACACUGAAAGCAGCUUGGAUGGUAAUUGCCUCGUUUGGAAGUCUUUGGUGGCCUGGAGCGAGCCUUGUCCUGGAGUCCUGGGAGGAUGGCGGUGUUGACUGCCGUGUUGUGUUCCUCCCCGCCAGCUGUGUCCCCUUGCACAGGGCCCACCGGUUGGCGAGUGUGCCAGGGCGAGGCUCAGCAGGGACCCCGAGGCGGGCACUGGGGACCCCUGGGCCACCUCAGAGCAGCAAGUGCUCCCUGCAUUAGGAGGGUGACUUACACAGCGCUGAUGGACAAGAACGGAUUUUCCUAUCUGGUUUCAUGAUGUGGUCGGUUAAGUAGGCAAGGUAACUUCAGAUUGUGUCGGGAGGAUCCUGGAGGCCUCGCUCUGCCCCGGUGGAGCCCCUGGCAGCCUCGGGGCCAGUGCUCAGCACAGGAGAGUGGUGAGCUUGGCCUUGGGGUGAGAUGCUAGUUUUGGGGUUAGAGUGAUUGUGUUAAGUUCAGGCGAAUCAUUCCCUUAUUAUAAAGUGAGGGGUGGCGAGUGGUGAGUUGCGGCUGUGAGGUCCGGAGCGCUCCUGUGAAGUCACUCGGGCGGGAGCCCAUGUGGCUCCUUCUAAUCCUCUCUUUUCCCCCAAACCUGCUUUGCUAUAAACCGCAGGGCAGGAAGUGCGUGCAGAGGCCCUGGGGCCGCGCCGUGUGGGCCCUAUGUGGGCCCCGUGUGGGCCCUAUGGCGACGGUUGAGAGUGGAUUCCUGUUUGUGUGCAAGGCGGAAGCAGUGAUUUUUUUUUUUUUUUGAAACUUAACGAAAAACAAACAUUCCUAAGUGUAUCUGGAAGAUGCAGUUUAUGUGUUAAUUAAAACGCUUUUUGUUCCGUCUCUUAACUUAUGGCUUGCAUGGAAUAGGAAUGAGUUGAGUUUCCGGAGAAGAGUCUUCCUGUCCGGUGGCAGGCCUCCGGAAGACAUCAUUUGAAUGAGUGCCUUAGCGUUUCUUUGCCUGUUUCUGGCCUUGGGACAUACUGGAUAGUGUUUGACAAAAAGUAUAUUUUAAAUUUACCUUUGACAUCUGUCCCACUCUGUUUUGCUUUGUGACUUCUUCAUUUAACAAUAAAUUAUCAAAAAAAAA